AUGAACGGCGAUACUUAUUCGUCCAGAGAUUCUGGUCGCCCAAGGGAUUAUCACCGUGAGGAGCGGCGCGAACGCGGAGAGAGAGGAGAGAGAGGAGACAGAAGACGGUCGCGGUCUCCCCACUAUGGAUCUCGAGGCUCUCGACGCGAAUACGAGGUUGAUUCCUACUCAUCCAGCCGGGACUAUCGCGCUCGAGAACGUGAGGAUCGCUACUCUAACCGGAGGGAUGAUCGGGAAUGGGACCGGGACCGUGGCGAUCGCCGACGUAGAGAGUAUGAGGAACGGCCACCUCGACGCGAGCGGGAAAGAGACUUGUUUGAGGAGAGACCUCGACGAGAAGGCAGGGAUAGAGGAGACCGCGAUCGCGAGCGUGGUGAUCGGGAGAGGAGAGAACGGAAGAGAAGCCCAUCUCCCACUCCGCGCAAAAGAGAACCCACACCUGAUUUGACAGAUGUGCCAUCCAUUUUGAACCGGAAACGUCGCCUGACACAAUGGGAUAUCAAGCCCCCUGGUUAUGAGAACGUGACUGCGGAGCAGGCCAAGUUGUCGGGCAUGUUCCCGCUCCCCGGCGCCCCUCGACAGCAGCCGAUGGAUCCUAGUCGUCUGCAGGCAUUCAUGAACCAACCCGGCGGUGGCUCGGCGGAUAGUGCGAUGCUCAAACCAUCCAAUUCUCGCCAAGCGAAACGGCUUUUUGCUUAUAACCUGCCUCCUAGAGUGACAGGCGAGAGCCUGAUGUCUUUCUUAAACAUGCAGCUCAAUGGGCUUAAUGUCGUUCAGAGCGUGGAUCCUUGUAUCUCGGCCCAGGUGUCGGAUGAUCAUAGUUUCGCCCUUAUCGAGUUCAAAUCGCCGAACGAUGCUACUGUGGCUCUCGCGUUUGACGGAAUCACAAUGGAUGAGCAUGGAGCCGUUGAUGGCGGCGAUGCUGCCAACGGGGAGCCUAAGGGACUGGAUAUCCGACGGCCCAAGGAUUACAUUGUCCCUAGUGCCAGCGCUGAGCAGGAAUACCAGGAGGGAGUACUGUUAAGUGAGGUACCCGACUCAGCAAACAAGAUCUGUGUGUCAAACAUCCCGCACUAUAUCCCAGAAGAGCCUGUCACCAUGCUUCUGAAGUCGUUUGGCGAAUUGAAGUCUUUUGUUCUGGUGAAGGAUGCCUCCACGGAAGAGUCUCGGGGAAUCGCAUUCUGCGAGUACGCUGAUCCUGCCGCUACCAGCAUCGCCGUGGAGGGCCUCAAUGGGAUGGAACUGGGCGAUAGACACCUUAAGGUGGUGCGUGCUAGUAUUGGAACGACGCAGGCAGCUGGACUGGACAUGGGCGUCAAUGCCAUGUCGAUGUUCGCCAAGACGACAUCGCAGGACUUGGAGACCAGCCGAGUGUUGCAGCUGUUGAACAUGGUGACGCCGGAGGAGCUGAUUGACAAUGAUGAUUACGACGAAAUCUGCGAUGACGUGCGUGAAGAAUGCUCCAAGUAUGGACAGAUCGUCGACCUGAAGAUCCCGCGACCCUCUGGCGGGAGCAGACAGUCUCCCGGCGUGGGCAAGAUCUUUGUCAAGUUUGACACAGUAGAAUCGGCCACUGGUGCAUUAAAGGCACUGGCGGGGAGAAAGUUUUCUGAUCGGACGGUGGUGACGACCUACUUUUCCGAGCCGAACUUCGACGUUAAUGCCUGGUAA